GCCGUCCUCACUCACUGCCCCUUCCUGCCUUUAUAACGCCCACGCCUCCCACCACCCCAGCUCACUCACUCACACGCCACUGCUGCUUCAAGAAGAGCGAGAGAGAGCUAGUUAACCACAGAGCACAAAGGAGCAGAGAGGCGAGAAUCAUGGAAGGGAAAGAGGAGGACGUGCGGCUGGGGGCGAACAAGUUCUCGGAGCGGCAGCCGAUCGGGACGGCGGCGCAGGGCGGCGGGGACGACAAGGACUACAAGGAGCCCCCGCCGGCGCCGCUGUUCGAGCCCGGGGAGCUCAAGUCGUGGUCCUUCUACCGCGCCGGGAUCGCCGAGUUCAUCGCCACCUUCCUCUUCCUCUACAUCACCGUGCUCACCGUCAUGGGCGUCUCCAAGUCCCCCUCCAAGUGCGCCACCGUCGGCAUCCAGGGCAUCGCCUGGUCCUUCGGGGGCAUGAUCUUCGCGCUCGUCUACUGCACCGCCGGCAUCUCAGGAGGACACAUCAACCCUGCAGUGACUUUUGGGCUGUUCUUGGCCAGGAAGCUGUCCCUGACUAGGGCCAUCUUCUACAUAGUUAUGCAAUGCCUAGGGGCCAUCUGUGGAGCUGGAGUGGUGAAGGGCUUCCAGCAGGGGCUGUACAUGGGUAACGGUGGUGGCGCAAAUGCAGUUGCCAGUGGCUACACCAAGGGUGACGGCCUUGGUGCCGAGAUCAUUGGCACCUUCGUACUGGUCUACACUGUCUUCUCAGCCACUGAUGCCAAGAGGAAUGCCAGAGACUCCCAUGUUCCUAUCCUUGCCCCACUGCCAAUUGGGUUUGCGGUGUUCCUGGUCCAUCUGGCCACCAUUCCCAUCACUGGCACCGGCAUCAACCCUGCUAGGAGCCUUGGAGCUGCCAUCAUCUACAACAGGGAGCAUGCCUGGAAUGACCAUUGGAUCUUCUGGGUCGGCCCCUUUGUCGGCGCUGCCCUUGCCGCCGUCUACCAUCAGGUGAUCAUCAGGGCAAUUCCAUUCAAGAGCAGGUCUUAAGCUGCCGCUGCUAGCAAUCCGAAGAGCGAGCUGCUUGUGAAUGUCUUGUUUCCGUCGCCUCCUACUACCGCCUCCGUUGUCGAUUCCCUGUCUCGCUUCGAGAUGUUCUAUCCUAUCUGAACUCAAACUUGUGUAAUUCAGUACUGAGUUCUCUAUGCUGUUGUUGUGGAGAUUUAAGUUACAAAUCUGUUGCUGUAGUUUCUCUUAAGGGUGCUCCCUUUAUGCACUGGAGAGUUGACAACAAUACUGAGAUUACCCUAGCCAUUGGCUAACCUAAACUAAGGUUUGGUAAAGGGAAACCACUGAUGAAGUGAUGAUCCUACCCAGCCGAAAGGCGAGACUAAAAUAAAAAAGGUCUAAAAUGGCACCAUGUAA